CCAUUCACUUACCUAUGAUAUAUUGUCACCAUGUCACCUGUCCCUACAUUCACAAUGUCACCAGAAAGGUAAGUCAUCCAUUCACUUACCUAUGAUAUAUUGUCACCAUGUCACCUGUCCCUACAUUCACAAUGUCACCAGAAAGGUAAGUCAUCCAUUCACUUACCUAUGAUAUAUUGUCACCAUGUCACCUGUCCCUACAUUCACAAUGUCACCAGAAAGGUAAGUCAUCCAUUCACUUACCUAUGAUAUAUUGUCACCAUGUCACCUGUCCCUACAUUCACAAUGUCACCAGAAAGGUAAGUCAUCCAUUCACUUACCUAUGAUAUAUUGUCACCAUGUCACCUGUCCCUACAUUCACAAUGUCACCAGAAAGGUAAGUCAUCCAUUCACUUACCUAUGAUAUAUUGUCACCAUGUCACCUGUCCCUACAUUCACAAUGUCACCAGAAAGGUAAGUCAUCCAUUCACUUACCUAUGAUAUAUUGUCACCAUGUCACCUGUCCCUACAUUCACAAUGUCACCAGAAAGGUAAGUCAUCCAUUCACUUACCUAUGAUAUAUUGUCACCAUGUCACCUGUCCCUACAUUCACAAUGUCACCAGAAAGGUAAGUCAUCCAUUCACUUACCUAUGAUAUAUUGUCACCAUGUCACCUGUCCCUACAUUCACAAUGUCACCAGAAAGGUAAGUCAUCCAUUCACUUACCUAUGAUAUAUUGUCACCAUGUCACCUGUCCCUACAUUCACAAUGUCACCAGAAAGGUGAACACCAGGAAGUAUCCCAAGCUUAAGGAGGUGGAUGAUGUCCUGGGUGGAGCUGCUGCUUGGGAGAACGUGGAUUCUACUCCCGAAACCUGUCCGAAGUGUGACCAUCCUCGGGCGUAUUUCAUGCAGAUUCAGACACGAUCUGCGGACGAGCCCAUGACCACUUUCUACAAAUGCUGCAAUGCCCAAUGUGGACACAGAUGGAGAGAUUAACUUCAAUCUAAAGACAGCCAUCCGUCUUAUGUUAAAUGUGAUCCACACGAGGUUUAUUCUUCAGACACACAACGACAAUAAAGUGUCAGCAAAAAGUGA